CUGGGGUCUCAGGGUUGGAUGUCUUGUGGAAGGUUUCUUGUGGUCGAGCCCCCAGUGUACUUUGUAGGAGCUGUUUUUUUUGGAAGGUGGAUCUGCCUUCCACAGACACUGUUCUACAGUAGUCGUUCUUGGAAGGCGGAUUUGCCUUUCCAAAAACAGCGCUUACCCAAAAACGUGUCGCUGGGGGCCUGGGGAGGCCAGUCGGCGCGGGCGCGGCCGGGCGAGGUGAGGUGCUGCCCGUGGGCCCGUUCUGCCCGUUCGUGUCGGGCUCGUUCCUAAACUUGUCGGGCGGGGCGGAGCCAGAGCGCAGGAGGCACAUGGAGAGCGUGGUCGCUCGCGUGGACGGGCUGGCGCAGUCGGAGCGCUUCGACGCAGCAGAGCACCUGGAGCUGGGCCGGCACCUGCGCGAGGCGGACGCGCAGUGGCGCGGCAACCUGCUGCGGAUGCGGCACGCAGACGACUUCCAGACCCGGGAGCUCUAUUCGUUCACCGAGGCCCACCUCAGGCACUUGGGCAUCAGCAUCGCGCAAGUGGAGGGCUUCGCGGACUGGCAGGUCGGCGUGCUCCAGUCGCUUGGGAGUGGCCAGCCGCCGCCGCCGCCGCCCGCGGACCCUGCCUCGGAGGAGGCGCGGCACCUGCAGGGCGUGCUCGAGUCCUGCCGGCUGGGUGGGCCUCAGGCGAUGCUGUUCGACGCGUCCCCGCGCGCGGGUGCGUCCCAGGUUGCCCAGAGUCCCGUGGUGCAGGAAGAGCUCGCACGUCUGGAGGCCGACCACCGUGCCCUGAUUGAUAUGGGGCAGUGCUACGGCACCUUCGACGCGGCUGGGAAGAAGAUCUUUCUCGACCAGGUCGGCUCGAUACAAGACCGGUGGAAGGUCUACCUCGCGCGCUUCCGCCUGAACGGCGAGGCCGACUCUGCUCCCGGCUACGUGGGCGACGCGAAGAAGCAGAUCAAGAGGCUCGGCCUCUCCGCAGAGUUGGUGGAGAGCCUCUUGGCCAGCGCCCACGGCGCCCUGCGGGAAGAUGCAGACAGAAGCUGAGCUGCCCAGCGCUCAUGCAAAGUUAGAGCGGCCGCGAGCCCACCUUCCAGUUACGCGUCUGGUAGCUGGUGCUCGUCUUCCGCUGCGCGCCGCAUCUCGAUACUCGCGGGUCUGAGCGAGGCACACGUCGGUGGUCGACGUUCGCGCAGACGUUCGCGCAGAGUGGGGGGGACGAGCCAUUUUGAAAUCUAUGUCGGAUCGCCGCUGCACGACUUUGUGCCAGUUUGCGGUGCGGCAAAGGCGUCCUCGCUACGGUCAAAACGUUGCAAGCAGGGCCACUUGCAGUCAUUGUAGGUUCGGAAGCGGCUCGGGCUCACUCGGGUUCUUCCUGAGCUUUUUCCGCAGACGCUCCUCGCAGAACUGCGCGCAAAGGGGGCCAGUCAGGAG